AUGGUCCUGCCCGAGAUCUGCAAGUCCAUCGAGCCGUACUUUAUGCUCAGCGAUGACAAGCUGAAAACCAUUGUCAAGUACUUUUGCGAGGAGAUGAACGAUGGCCUCGCCGCCUACGGCCACGACGUCGCCAUGGUCCCCAGCUACGUUCCCGGUGUUCCCGACGGCUCUGAGCAGGGCACCUUCCUCGCCCUCGACCUUGGCGGCACCAACCUCCGCGUGUGUGAGAUCAAGCUCUUUGGCGAGAACAAGUUUGAGAUCAAGCAGCAAAAGUACAAGGUCUCGGACGCUCUCAAGCAAGGCGAGGCCCGCGUUCUCUUUGACUACAUUGCCGACUCUGUGGACGCGUUCCUCACCGACAUUGGCUCGGACCUCACCACCGACGACAAUGAGCCCCUCCAUCUUGGAUUUACCUUCUCCUUCCCUGUCGAGCAAACUGCCAUUGACCGCGGUUCCCUCCUCACUUGGACCAAGGGCUUCAACGCCAAGAACGCGCAGGGCAAGGACGUUGUCCUCCUCCUCCAGGAUGCUUUGGACCGCAAGCACAUCCAUGUCCGCUGCAGCGCCCUCGUCAACGACACUGUCGGCACUCUCCUCUCGCGGUCAUACCAGCACGGUCCUGCGCUGAUCGGUGCCAUCUUCGGUACCGGUACCAACGGCGCCUACAUUGACCGCACAAGUACCGUCAAGAAGCUCGGCGACGACAAGAUUGCCGCGCUCGAGGCUGGCGGCGAGCACGCGGGCGAGUACAUGGUUAUCAACACUGAGUGGGGAGCGUUUGACAACAAGCGCCGAUGCCUCCCUGCGUCGAUCUACGACAACAAGCUCGACCGCGAGUCGAUCAACCCCCGCAAGCAGGCCUUUGAGAAGAUGGUCUCGGGCAUGUACCUCGGCGAGAUUACGCGCAACAUUUUGCUCCACCUCAUCGACUCGAGGUUGCUGUUUGACGGCAACUCGAGCAAGGUGCUCAACACCCACUACGGCUUUGACACUGCGUUUGUGUCCCGGGUCGAGGGCGCCAAGGACGACGCCGAGGUGCGCACCGCCAUCCAGUCGAUGCUCGGCGUCGAGAGCCAGUACAUCCAGGCCGGCGACAUUGAGCUCGUCCGCUGGGCCGUCGGCAUCGUCGCCCACCGCGCAGCAUACCUCGCCGCCACUGCCAUCGCCGCCAUUGUCCUGCACACCGAGCCCAACCGCCGCGAGCAGGACAAGAAGGCCAUCGACGUCGGCGUCGACGGCUCGGUUGCCGAGUUCCUGCCCAACUUUGAGUCGCGUGUGCGCGAGGCCCUCAAGAUUGUGCUUGGCGAGCAGGAGAAGAUCAUCACCAUUGGUCUGGCCAAGGACGGCUCCGGUAUCGGCGCGGCCCUGACCGCCCUCACGGCCAAGAAGGCCUUGGAGCGCAAGGCCGCUUGA